UCCCUGAGCCAUGGGCCUUAACGCCCCGAAUCUCGGGUCAGCUGAGAUUCCAGCCAGCUGCAGACUGGCUGUCCGGGGUGCACUCCGCCAGGAGGGUGGGGAGACUUCAGCCAGGGGCAGUUCCUCGAGGGAGGAGGGCUCCAGCCGGGCCCCGGGGACUGGCGAGCGCUCCAUGUCACCUCACCUCCUGUGUCUUCCAGGUGUCCAGAUUCGCCGGUGGGUGGUCGGUUGCUUGAAACGUGAAUCGGAGGAGCACGGCAGCCCUCCACCUGCACGCAGCCAGUCAGACGACGCAUUACUACCCCCGGACCCUGAGCGGGACCCAUCAGCCGCUGGUGUGGAGACAGAGCGGGAGUUGGAGGAAGAAAGUUUGGCUUUGGACCCCGGGGCCGGGAGCUGCCCAGGGCCUUCUGAGGACCCCGAGAAAAGCAUCAAAUUGCGGGUGCCAGCAAUUUGUGUCCCCGGCGCCCAUGGGCCCAAGGGCCUGGCGGAACAGCACCGCUCCCUCAGUAGUCUGGAGCAGGAAUAUGAACAAACGUAUUUUUUGAAGGACACGUCCUCUAACGCCACCAGUCAGACCUAUUAUAUCUUCGGACAGGAGGUUACACCAAGUAAAUGGAACAUGUUUAUGACGCUUAUCGGACUCGAAGGAAACGAGAUCGAGAGGUGCCGUUACGAAAAUCGAGGAAAUUUGAUUGAAGUGCAUCAUGAGAUGCUCAUCACGUGGAGAAGCAAGUUAGGCAGGGAAGCUUCCAUUUUUAAACUCAUGGCUGCCCUCCAUCAAAUGCGGUUACGUACAUGUUUGGAAAAUAUUAUAAACAAAUUGAUUGCUGAAAAUAUUUUAGCUAAGCAUGCAGAGACCCCAAAUUAGAGUCCACUCCUUUGGCACAGGCGCAUGCCUUUAAGCAGUGUCGUGAAUGGGUAGGAUCUGAGCUUCCCACCCAGUGCUGGCCCCGGCAGAAAUUUCCUGAAUCCUUGCUGGGGCUGUGCACGUCGUCUCAAUAGAGUCUACAUAACGCUUCCCGUGGGGAGGUCAGUUCCGCAUACACCCAAGAGUGCCGCUCUGCCAGGGCAGGGGAGUCCAGGCGGGCUGCCUCUGGCCAGCGUGGCAGAGAUGGGCAGGUCCUCAGUGGACUUCAAGGAGGUGUGAGCUUCUCUCCUGGAAACCACUUAUUGUGCUGGGUAGGUUCACCUUCCCUGGAACCUGUUCCCAGGCACCGAGGCCAGGAGAGUUUGGUGAUUGUCUUUCUGCAGCCACCGACUCCUUGAUCUCAAUCACUGGGAUGUCCCCAUGUGUGCAAAGCAUUCCCCCAAUCUAGCUGCCAUUGUAUCGUGACAAGGUCUGGCAAUGGAAGGAGAAUUGUGCAAGGCACUUCUCCAGGGAACAUAAUUCUUUAAGCAGAAUCUUUUGUCCUCCUUUCUAAAGCCUAUUACUGAUUAACGUCUUCCCUCAGUCCUGGAAGCUUUGUAAAAACAGGCAGAACGAGCAAUAAACAUAUCUCAAAGAACAAACAGCAGCCCCCAAGGAGGUGGGGUCUAUAGUCCGUUAAUUAUAUGCUCGCUGCCCUCCUAACUUCAUAAAGACCCUGAAACUAUGUAACCUCUUCCUAAACAAUCCAUAUGUCUGCUGCACAUCUGGAUGUAGAUAACCACCUUUGAUUAUUACCUUUAGUCACGCACUGCCCCUCAUCUAUUGUUCCCAUGACGACAAUAGUUAGACCACCUCGUGUGAUUUUUUCUAUAUAAGUGUACCCUGUCCCCGAAAUAAAUCGGACUUGCUUGCAACUGC